AUGAGUUCCAAGCAGAUAAUACCGCUCUACUACGAGCUGAGCUGGGCCAUCCUUAGCACCAUCGGGCUGGCGAACGUGCUGUUCGGCCUCGUGAUCGUGAGCAUCACCAGCAUAUCGCCGGCCACGCUGGUGCCCAUCCUGGUUUCGGCCGCCGGCGCCGGCGCCAACGGGCUCCGCUACGCCGCCUACUACCACACCUACGACACCACUCUGGAUGCAGUGGCCGCGGCUCUAGCAGAUGUGCUGUGGUUGAUCCAAGAGGCAGGCAUGUCCAUGUACAGCUACGUGAUGCUGACCCGAGUGCUGACGGGCCGCGCGCGGUCGGUGUUCAUGACGCUCUUCUGGGUCGUCAUGGGCGUCGUGGCCGUGGUGCGGCUGAGGGAGGAUGGCUGGGAUUUAAUCGGAAAAUAUUACUGCAUUUAUUAAUAAACUGG